CUUUAAGUCAAAAAAUAGGUUGUCCCACCAUUUGACUGCAACGAAAACGUGAAUAUGGAAAAGACGAGAGAGUCAUUGACCCUAACCUAUCCGCACGAUUUAUAUAGGAGAUUUAAAGAAGAUGAAUAUCUACCUCUGGAUGCCAAAGUUGAUAGAAUCGACAAAACGUGUAAAGAUCGGUUCAUGGCAUCCCGAAAAGGAACAUAUGAUCAGAAAGCGAAAGAGGGAAAUGUUGUUGAAGUACUAAUGUUGGAGCACAACUUAGAGCUGGAAAAGUUGCACCAAAAAGGCAAUGACCUAAUGACGAAUAUCCGAGUUUCUUGUGAACAGCGUCAACUGGAGCAAAGAAAACGAGAGAAGACAUAUGAGGAAGGUAUGUUGGAACACAUGCAAGAGAAGUCUGUCGGCAUAGAAGAAAAAUUAUCCAAAAUACACGAUCGUUGGGCAACGCUCAGGUCUCGACAUAAUGAUGAGCCGUCCAAAUUUCUGAAAACUUUGAAACUUCUUCAAACUCAAAUUCUAGAAGUCAUGCAAGAAAGGGACGACAUCAUUCAAACGAUCAAAAAUGAUUUGAUUCGAAUCAAUGCAUCGCACACGUCGAUGUUAGAGAAACAGGACUACGAUCUACAUUAUCUCAUGCAACGGGUCAAUAACUAUUUAAAACACUUGAAGCAGUGCUAUGCUCGACAAAUUUUAAAAUUGGACGAAACAAUCAAUCAGUUUCAUCAGGAUGAGUACGAAAGACUGUAUAAGUGUCGUCACGAAUUUUCCAACGAAAUUAUUGUGGGCAAGGACAUAACAAGUAUGUUGGACAACAUUGAUAAGAAAUACGAUGCGGAACGGGAGUAUCAAGCAUCGUUGCAAAUCAAAUUCAGAGAGUUGCGCACCGAGUACGAUGAAGUGACUCAUUCGUUUCGCAUGAUUAUGGAAAAGGACCAAGAGAACAUGGAAAUGGAAUUAGAGGAAAAAACGGCUACGUAUUUCUCGAAUUCACUCAAAUUCAACUACAACUAUCAAGUGUUGGAGAAGAAAAACACUGAAAAUGCCAAUCAAAUAGUGUACGAAGCACAGAAGAAAAUUUGGUUGAAGUUGGUCAAUUUAGCAUCAAAUUUGAGGAAGGAAAUUAGCGAGACUAAGAACACUUUCAAAACGAAAUCCUUUGAAAUUGAGGAUAACUGCCAAAAGAUUCGAGACCGUCUAUCAAAAUUGGAAGUGAAGGCUAAAAUUGCAAUCAGGGACAAUGAGUCAAAGUUCCAAAAUAUCCUGAAAAUGAACCUAGAAGAAGCCAAUGAUUUGUUGUCUCAAAUUUGCGCCUUCAAUAAAAUAUUCUUCAAAGAGCACCUGGGAAUCCGCUGGGAACUACCCGAUUUAAAUAAUUUAGUGGAUUCCAAUUUAGAAUCUCUGCAAAUGAGUGGUAAAUCGCCACGUUCAGGUAGCACGGACAGUGAAGAGGCGCAAAUUACUCGAAAUUUGACUGAGAAGUAUGAUUGGAAAUUGAUUCAGAAUGUCUUCGAAACAAUAGUCGGCAGUAUGAACUACAUGAUCGAUAAAGAUCUUCCUAAAGUAUUCCAAUUAUGCAAUAUGACGCCAGAAGAGCAAAAGAUCGCUCAGCUGGCCAAUAUUUUUUCAGCUGUUGGUCUAGAGAAUUCAGAUAGUUUAAGGAAGUUUUUUACGAAUUUGGAAUUAUUAGCACAUUGCUCGCAAUGUGAAGACGAAAAAGUAAUCGAAAUCCAUGGUCAAGGAAAGGCACAAACCAUUUCAACAAUAGGAUCUCCAUCACUGUCAAACGAUUCAGACAAAUCGUCAUUUGUAGUACCGAAUGCUGACGAUAAAAUCGACAAUGUUUCCUUGGACUUGGAUUUGAUGAGGCUCAUUGAAGAUUUGAAUCGAAAUUCUACCGAUCAAACGACAACCGAUUCCAUUCAUCAAUUAUCUGUAAAUUAUGCUCACAUUCUCUCAGCGCUGGAAAUGACAAUUAAAUCGAUGGAAACGGAAAAAUCGCACGAAAAUGGAAAAAAGAAGAAACGCAACGGCAUACUUGAUUUGUGCAUCAAUCCGGCACAACGGAAAGAUCAAAUUGAAUUGCUGUGGACCAACUAUCGGACAAUUUUUCCCGAAGAACAUGCUCACUUGUGGUCGUCGUUGGAAUGUGGUCUUUCCGAUUAUUUGGUGCAAUUAAAGAUACGAGAGAAGCUGCAUGGGGAUUGUGAUAGACUACGGCGGCAAAAUGCUCAGCUCAAAUAUAUGCUACAGGAAGUGCUGCAAACGAAUUGAAACAAAUUUCUUGCGUGUAAAAUUUAU